AGCGAGCUCGUGCGUCUGGCUCAAAGUAUCCGGGGACGCGCCAAUGAAACAGCGGCCACUUGAUAUCUCAGCUAUCCGUGUUGCAGGGCCGCUCUUUGGGGCUUUGAACCUCCACAGAAGAGAGAUAAAAUGUCGACCUUUUCUUCAUCUGACUGUCGCCGCGUCAGCCCCUUCGUCCGCGGCAACAAGUUCGACACCGCGCACCGCAAGAAGGCGGUGGCCAACAUUUUCGACAAUGUGAACCAGGACGCGCUGAUGAGACUGUUCCAGAAAACGGGCGACAUGAAGGCAGAGGAGAGAGUGAGGAGCAUCUUCUCUUACACGCAGGACCCGGAGGAGACGGCCCGCGCGCUGAUGGCUCUGAAGCAGCGGAAAAAAGACAAGUUCCUCCAGAUCGCGGGGAUGCUGCGGCACCUGCUUCAAAUGCGUUGACAUGUCACAGCCUUUGUUUGCCGAGACACAAAGGUGAAAACAGUGCAGAGGUGCAGUUCAUCUGUCGCCUGGAGGGAAGCUUCGGGUGCGGAGGAGAACGCGCACCCGGCCGCGGGGAUGGCGAUAUGCGGCGACUCUCGCGUCACGGACCGGUGAGAGCGGAGAGUCCGGUCUGGAGCUAAAACGGGCACAAACAGCCUUCCUUGAGCCUUGAAUAAAGACACAUUCCUGUGGAGACAUGACUGACUGUGAACCUUUUAUAGGUGCUACUACUGUAUUGAUCGUGGCGCAUGCAGUUCCGAAAUGUGACUUAAUGCCGGUGAUUUGUUUUUUUUUACAUGGAUGCCUGUCCUGCACACAUGCCUUGUCUCAGUUUUAUUUAAAAACUUCCUUUUAGUGGCCACUAAAUCGUUGUGAAAAUUUUAUAACGAUGAUUUGCAAGAGGUGUUCCUUUGUUUGUCAAUUUGAAUAAAUUAUUUUUUCUAUA